CAUACCCGGGCGCAGGCGUACUCGUCUCUCUUCCAGCUUGCUUCCGCAGCCCUGGAGUUGGGCCCGGCUUGGGUGGGCCUCGACAGCGGCGGCACCGGCGACGGCGAUAGUGACAGGGACUGCGUGAGUCUCGGACGGAAAUGGCGAUGGCGAUGUCAGACAGUGGGGCGAGCCGCCUGCGGCGGCAGCUGGAGUCGGGCGGCUUCGAGGCGCGGCUGUACGUGAAGCAGCUCUCGCAGCAGUCGGACGGAGACCGAGACCUGCAGGAGCACCGGCAGCGCAUCCAGGCGCUGGCGGAGGAGACGGCGCAGAACCUGAAGCGCAACGUCUACCAGAACUACCGGCAGUUCAUAGAGACGGCCCGCGAGAUCUCCUACCUGGAGAGCGAGAUGUAUCAGCUCAGUCACCUGCUGACCGAGCAGAAGAGCAGCCUGGAGAGCAUCCCGCUUACCCUGCUGCCGGCUGCCGCCGCCGCGGGGGCCGCCGCCGCCUCCGGAGGGGAGGAGGGGGGAGGCGGCGCGGGGGGACGCGACCACCUCCGGGGCCAGGGUGGCUUUUUCCCCAGCCCCGGGGGCGCCUCCCGCGACAGUUCCGGGCCAGGCGAGGAAGGAAAGCAGCGCACUCUCACCACCCUGCUUGAGAAGGUGGAAGGCUGCAGGCACCUGCUGGAGACGCCGGGACAGUACCUGGUGUACAACGGGGACCUGGUGGAAUACGAGGCGGACCACAUGGCCCAGCUGCAGCGGGUGCAUGGCUUUCUCAUGAACGACUGUUUGCUGGUGGCCACCUGGCUGCCACAGCGGCGGGGGAUGUAUCGCUACAACGCCCUCUAUCCCUUGGAUGGUUUGGCCGUGGUCAAUGUCAAGGACAACCCGCCCAUGAAGGACAUGUUCAAGCUGCUCAUGUUUCCGGAGAGCCGUAUUUUUCAAGCAGAAAACGCAAAAAUCAAACGAGAGUGGCUGGAAGUGCUGGAGGAAACCAAGAGGGCCCUCAGUGAAAAAAGACGCAGGGGGCAGGAGGAGGCAGCUGCCCCUCGAGGGCCACCCCAGGUGACUUCCAAGGCUAGCAACCCUUUUGAGGACGAAGAUGACGGCGAACCAGCUGUUCCCGAGGCAGAAGAAGAGAAGGUGGACCUCUCAGUGGAAUGGAUCCAGGAAUUGCCUGAAGACCUGGAUGUCUGUAUUGCCCAGAGGGACUUUGAAGGGGCCGUCGACCUGCUGGAUAAAUUGAACCGUUACCUGGAAGAUAAGCCCAGCCCACCUCCUGUAAAAGAACUAAGGGCCAGAGUGGAUGAGCGUGUCCGCCAGCUCACUGAGGUGCUAGUGUUUGAACUCUCCCCGGAUCGGUCCCUGAGAGGUGGUCCCAAGGCCACCCGCCGGGCGGUUUCUCAGCUAAUCCGGCUUGGCCAGUGCACGAAGGCUUGUGAGCUGUUUUUGAGAAACAGGGCAGCAGCUGUGCAUACUGCAAUACGCCAGCUUCGCAUUGAAGGUGCCACUUUACUCUACAUUCAUAAGCUCUGCCACGUCUUCUUUACCAGCCUUCUGGAGACCGCCAGGGAAUUUGAGACGGACUUUGCGGGCACCGACAGCGGCUGCUACUCUGCCUUUGUGGUCUGGGCGAGGUCAGCCAUGGGCAUGUUUGUGGAUGCUUUUAGCAAGCAGGUGUUUGAUAGUAAGGAGAGCCUCUCCACAGCAGCUGAGUGUGUAAAAGUGGCAAAGGAGCACUGUCAGCAACUGGGCGACAUCGGACUAGACCUCACCUUCAUCAUCCACGCCCUCCUGGUGAAAGACAUCCAAGUGGCCUUGCACAGUUACAAAGAAAUCAUCAUCGAAGCCACUAAGCAUCGCAACUCUGAGGAGAUGUGGAGGAGGAUGAACUUGAUGACUCCAGAGGCCCUGGGGAAACUCAAAGAGGAGAUGAAGAGCUGUGGAGUGGGUAACUUCGAGCAGUACACGGGGGAUGACUGCUGGGUGAACCUGAGUUACACGGUGGUUGCUUUCACCAAACAGACCAUGGGCUUCUUGGAGGAGGCACUGAAGCUGUAUUUCCCGGAGCUGCACAUGGUGCUUUUGGAGAGCCUGGUGGAAAUCAUUUUGGUUGCUGUUCAGCACGUGGAUUACAGUCUUCGGUGCGAGCAAGAUCCAGAGAAGAAGGCUUUUAUCAGACAGAAUGCAUCCUUUCUGUAUGAAACGGUCCUCCCUGUGGUGGAGAAAAGGUUUGAGGAGGGUGUGGGGAAACCCGCCAAGCAACUCCAGGACCUCAGAAAUGCAUCGAGACUGAUUCGUGUGAAUCCCGAAAGUACAACGUCAGUGGUCUGAUGCCUGGCCCUGUUUUUGUGUAUGCGUGUAUAUUGCUUAUGGAUUAUUUAUAUUAAGUUGCAGUAGCAUAUUCUUUAUAGUUUCAAACAUGUCUUAAAAAUAAAAGAUGCCCUCUCGGAUAAAAGCGCAAAAUCAAA